AUAUUUGAAGUAGUCCCAAACACUCUUGGACAGAUCCUGCAUCUGCUAACUCUAAGCAUGCCAUGGUAUAUCACCCCAUACCAAGAUAACAAUCUGCUUAGCAAAACACACACGCAGAGGACCUUGUCCAAAUAGGGAGGAUGGGGGAGUUGUGUUGUAAUCUUUAACUUUUGCUCACGGCUUCACAUUGCCUGCUGUAAAAGAUCUCUGUAUAGGUUUAAUUUCUGUAUUCAAGGAGGCCCUAAAAUGCAGAAAUACCAGAGAAACAGAAGUGUGUAUCAACAGACAAUUGCACUGCUAAGGAAAAAUAUGAUUCUGAAAUGGAGGAUGAGGAUGCAGAGUUUUCAGGAAUGGUUCUCAGUGCUGAGUCUUUUCCUUUCAAUAUUUCUGCUGAAACAAAUGACCUACUUUGGUCCAACUCGUGAGGUACCCCAUGCUUUCCUUGGGCAACUAGAUGAUCCUUCCUUCAAUACUACUGGAGUUAAAAUUGUUUAUACUCCAGAUACAAGGAUGGCAAGAGAAAUCAUGGAGAAAAUAGAAACUGUCUCUGUCAUGAAAGGCAUACAAACAGAAUUAAUGAAAGAUGAAAACACCAUGGAAGCUGCACAAAAGGAGAACCACGAUCUCAUUGGCGUUGUGUUUUUGGAUGACUUUUCCUACCGACUCAGAUUUCCUUCUUAUAAAAUUGUUUCUCCAAGCAGUUUAAUUGAAGAACUAGAUUUGUGUUACAACUAUUCAAGACAUUAUUGUAACAAUCCAAAGUAUUGGUUUGAAGGGUUUGUGUCACUGCAGUCUAGCAUUGACAGUGUUCUUAUUGAACGUAUUACCCAUCAUUCUGUUUGGGAUGAAAUGAAAUCACUGAGUGGUGUUCGUAUGAAAUCACCUCCUUUAACACCUACAACUGACCUUGAAAGCUGUGUGUUCUUUUUGGUUUUGUCACUGUGCUUUUCUCCACUUAUGUACUUCUUGUCACAAAAUGUUUCACGGGAGAAAAGGAAAUUAAAGGAAGUGAUGAAGACAAUGGGGCUACGAGACACGGCAUUCUGGCUGUCCUGGGGUUUGCUGUAUGCUGUAUUCGUUCUACUUGUAUCCUGCAUGUUAGGACUUCUUCUGAAGAAUUUGAUUUUUGAAAUGAGCAGUUUUUCAGCCCUAUUUCUUCUGUUCUUCUGUUAUGGUAUAAGCUCUAUAUGCUUCUGUUUUAUGAUCAGCGCUCUCCUAAAGAAGCCCAAAACCACUUGCUUUGCAGUCUUUGUCCUCAUUUUUUCUUUUGGAGCUCUCAGCUUGCUUACAUUGAUUAACCUGCUUCCAGCAGCUUUGGAAUGGAUUUUGAGCCUCUGCUGUCCAUUUGCUUUUGGGGCUGCAAUCUCAAAGGUUGCUCGUUUUCAAAAUUAUGGAAGAUACUUCUAUUUGUCUGACCUAAUGUAUGAACGUUACGUGUAUGUCCUAAUUUUUGACAGUGUUUUAUAUGUGCUGCUGACCAUCUAUUUUGACAAAGUCGUACCUGACAAAUAUGGAGUGCCCUAUCCUGCCACAUUUUUCCUAAAGAAGUCCUACUGGCGUAGAUCAGGAAGCAGCUAUACUUGGGAUGCUCCUACAAAUGAACAAAACCAUGGCAAUAUUUUCAGUGACAAUGCUGAGCCUGUGCCUCCUGAGUUUGAUGGGAAGGAAGCCAUUAGGAUAAACAAUAUUAAAAAAACAUAUAAGGUAAAGAAAAUGGAAACAGAAGCUCUGAGAGGCUUGUCGCUGAAUAUUUACGAAGGCCAGAUCACUGCAGUGCUUGGUCACAGUGGAGCUGGGAAAACUACCCUGCUGAACAUUCUCAGUGGACUUUCCCAGCCAUCCGAUGGUUCUACGACCAUCUGCACAUACAAUAUAUCUAAAAGGGAAGAUAUGAAACAGAUUAGGGAAAUGCUUGGUGUGUGCCCGCAAUUCAACAUUCAAUUUGAAUUUUUAACAGUGAAAGAAAAUUUAAAGACCUUUGCUAAAAUCAAGGGUAUUCCAUCCAAAGACGUAGAUAAAGAGGUGCAAAACAUACUGACCCUCUUGGAUAUCGGGGCCAUUCAGGACACCCAAGCUAAUCGAUUAAGUGGAGGACAGAAGCGGAAAUUGUCCCUUGGGAUUACUUUCUUAGGAGACCCACAGGUCUUGUUACUCGAUGAGCCCACUGCAGGGCUGGAUCCCUAUUCUAGACACCUGGUGUGGGCCCUCUUGAACGAGCGCAAGGCAGGCCGGGUAACUCUGUUCACCACUCAGUUCAUGGACGAAGCAGAUAUUCUUGCUGACCGGAAAGCAUUUAUUUCACGUGGCAGAUUGACAUGUGUUGGCUCAUCUUUGUUCCUGAAGAAAAAAUGGGGCAUUGGUUAUCAUUUGAGGUUGCAUGUAAAUGAACUUUGUGACUCUGAGAGAAUUACAUCCCUGGUCCAACUAUAUAUCCCAGCUGCUAAAUUAUCUGGACAACGUGAAAAUGAGCUGAGUUAUACACUGCCCUUAGAAAAUCUGAAUAAAUUUCCAGAUUUGUUCAGCGACAUGGAUGGCCAAACAGACCUGGGAAUUGUGAACUACGGGGUGACCAUGACAACUCUGGAAGACGUCUUCCUGAGGCUGGAGGGAGAUGAAACCAUUGGCACAGAAGAUUGUGGAGCUCUUUAUGGAGAGCAAGUGGAAAAGGAACAAGAUGUGCUGUUGCUCUCAGACACUGGAAAAGCAACAAUGAAGGGCACUGAGCUCUGGAAACAGCAAGUCUGUGCCAUGGCAAGGAUGCACUUUUUAAAUCUCAGGCGUGAUAAGAAAGUCUGGGGUGCUCUAUUACUUCUUUCUGGAAUUAUACUAGCACCUUUUCUCAUUCAGUUAAUAGCACUUGGUAUCUGGUUGAAUCUACAUUAUGCAGAGCUUCAUCCUAGCCUUUAUUUUGCGCCAGGAAAGCAGACUUUAAUAGGAACCAGUGGACUUCUAAUCCUUAAUAAUACAGGUGCAAGCAUAGACAAUUUUAUCCGUGCAGUGAAGAGUCAGAAUAUCCUGUUGGAAGUCAUCUCUGGCAGCAACGUCAGUGACCAGCUAGUACACAACGGAGCCAUAAAAGUAGCCCUUGAAGACCAGAAAUACAGGUUCACACUCAUGUGCCACAUGGAGAUAACACACUGCUUUCCGGUGCUUGUCAACAUCAUCAGCAAUGCAUUCCUGCACAUGUUUAAUUCUGCUGCCCGUCUUCACAUCUGGAGUCAUGCCUUCUUAGGCGAAAUUAGCACUGAAGACAUAUGGUUUUAUUUUUCGCAUGUAUAUGUAUCUACAUCUGUUAUUUUAUUCCCUGCUUUUCUGCCACACUUUGCAAUGAGAACUAUUCAAGAUUACAAGAUCAAAGCUCGCUCUCAGCUGCGGGUCUCAGGACUCUUUCCUUCCGCAUACUUGUGUGGGCAAGCUCUGGUGGAUGUACCCCUGACUUGUUUUCUGCUUGUUUUAUUGCUUUGGCCGUGGUAUGCAAGAUUUAGCUAUAGUGAUGCUAAGUUGAAUUUCACCAUGGUUUUCUGUUCGAUAUCAUUCCUGUUUGGCUACAGCAUAUCAGUUAUAAUAUUCAUCUACACAAUUGCCUUCCUAUUUCGCAAAAAACAUCAUACCAGCAGUUUUUGGUCAUUUGUCUUAAUUUUGGUGACCUUGCUUCUGCUCAUCAUCAGAGUCGCCCUUUAUCAAUUUUAUGUGGACUACAUAGAUCUUAUUUAUCUGCCUACAUUCAUAAUUAUACGGUUUUUGGUUUCCUUAUCAGCACUACUAAUGUUUUCUGAAGAUAAUAUGGAAAUAACAGCCGCACAAACCAAGUCACUCUGGAUAUCUUCCUUUGUGCCAUAUGUUCAUAGUAUAAUCUUCAUUUUGUUGUUUCGCUUUCUGGUGAUGAAAUAUGGCAGGCCGGUUAUGAGAAGAGAUCCUGUCUUUAGGAUCUCUGCACAGAGAAAGCACUCCGGUCCGAAUCCUGAGAAGCCUCCGGAAAAUGAUGAUAGAGAUGUGCAGAGAGAAAGGGCCCGGGCCCAGAGCGCUCUGGCCUCUGCCGAUCGGGAAGGGAACCCGGUUAUCAUAGUCCACAACCUGCGCAAGGAAUACAAAUGUGGGGAGGCUGGUCCAUGUUCCUGUUUCAAAAAACACAAGAAAGGAAAGAAAGUGGCCACCAGAACAGUCUCUUUGUGCGUUAAAAAAGGCGAAGUGUUAGGACUCCUGGGACCCAACGGAGCUGGUAAAAGUACAACAGUGAACAUGAUAAUAGGGGAAACAGAUCUGACCGCUGGGGAGAUGCUGAUAAAAGGGGUUAGUGCAGUGGAAACUGAAGAAGACACUGCUGAAUUUCUUGGCCACUGUCCUCAGGAGAAUGCCCUCUGGCCCAACCUGACAGUGAAAGAACAUCUGGAGAUUUAUGCAGCUGUGAAAGGCAUUCGGAAGGAAGCUGCUGCUAUUACUAUUAAUAGGAUGGCAGACAAUCUAGAUCUUCAAGAGCAUCUUAAAAAGCCAACAAAGACAUUAAGUGCUGGAUUAUCUAGAAAAUUAUGCUUUGCAAUGAGCUUGCUGGGCAGUCCUACUGUGUUGCUAUUAGAUGAAUCAACUACUGGAAUGGAUCCCAGGGGAAAGCGCCAAGUCUGGAAAACCAUUCGUACCAUCCUGAAGGACAAGGAUCAAGGAGCCAUUCUGACAACUCACCACAUGGAAGAUGCAGAGGCGGUGUGUGACCGAGUAGCCAUCAUGGUGGCUGGGCAGCUCAGGUGCCUUGGUUCCAUUCAGUACCUGAAGAGCAAAUUCGGCAAGAACUACUUGCUGCAAAUUAAAGUAAAGGGGCUAGAGCAAGGCGAGCUUCUGAAUACUCGGAUUCUGCAGAUGUUCCCCCAAGCGGCUCGUCAGGAAAGGAUCUCCACUCUGUUGGUCUACAAGGUCCCGAUGGAAGAUGCUCUGCCUCUGUCCAAAGCCUUCUCCAUGCUAGAGGAAGCUAAACGAACCUUCAACUUUGAGGAGUACAGCUUUUCUUUGAACACUUUGGAACAGGUGUUCCUAGAACUCUGCAGGCAGCAAGAGUGGGAUAAUUGUGAUGCAGCCCUGGGCACAACCUUUGAGUGGAAGCAAUAGCAGGAGGCUGAUGUCUAAGCUACAAGAGGCCUGUUCCAGGGGCAGGCAUUUCCGGAAGGGGGGGCUGGAAGCAAGGGGGACACCAAGCAGCUGGGGCAGAGCAGCCCGUCUCCAAGUAACAUCGUGCCUAGUCUUGUCCUUCGACUGGACGCCGUUUGGGAAAAGGACACUGCUGUUCAUACAGUCCUCUGCAUGCAAUUCGGUCUCUUUUACGGAUACCAUAUGAACCCUAUGUGGAGACAAAAUGUUUCUCUGGGUUUCCGCUAGUCCUUGUUUUUCAGGAAAUGAUAAAUACUAUAUUUACUUCUGUAAUAGAAUAUAUAAUACAUAGCUUGGCAUGUAA